CGUUGCCUAUUUCGGGGAUUAUAACGCGGGAGGUUUUCUUCGCGUUUACCAAAUGUCCAGCAUGGAAGAGGAACCUUGCGUUGCGUCUUCCCGUUUCUUAAAUGUUUUAGGGUAUUAUGUAGGACUCAUGGCCGUAGCUUCCAGUUUGAUGUUCCUAGCGCAACGAGGAGCCUUGGCUCUGAUAACAUCCACGCGUAUUUAGUGAAUGGGUAUUUCUGUAAUCUGAAAUUAAGUCCCCACACACAGUCAGUAAAAGUGGUGGGCUUGCAUUUUGCGUUGCCCUGUAAGGGAAAGCUCUGGGCCUGGAUGUCAUUUGCUAAUUUGCUGUGGAAUAUUUGUGUUUUUCAGAAAUCAUGCCAAAGAGAACUGCCAGGAGAAAUCAUGGGCAAAGCCGAAGGCUCUGUGGCUAGGGAAGAAUGGCAUGGACACGUUACUGCUCUCUCUGUUGCACCAGAAUUUCGACGGCUGGGUUUGGCUGCUAAACUGAUGGAGCUACUGGAAGAAAUUUCAGAAAAAAAGGGUGGAUUUUUUGUCGAUCUCUUUGUGAGAGUAUCAAAUCAGGUUGCUGUAAAUAUGUAUAAGCAACUAGGCUACAGUGUGUACCGAACAGUCUUAGAGUACUACUCAGCUAGCAGUGGGGAGCCAGAUGAAGAUGCUUAUGAUAUGAGAAAAGCUCUUUCCAGAGAUACAGAGAAGAAAUCAGUUAUACCUCUCCCUCAUCCUGUGAGACCAGAAGACAUCGAGUAACUUUAAGCUGUGGUUCUCAUGCAAUUUACUAAGGGUCAGGUUCCAUCUCCUAUAACCCCCAACAACUUAUGGAUAAGAAGUUUUAGGCCAAAUGUUUUUCCCAUAAAAUACUAAAAAGCAAUGUUGAGAAGCUGACUGCUUAUAUUGGUAAUGGCUGUAUGCUGCCACACUUACUCUAUUAUUUUUCCUUUCACAUGUUGGAGAUUUGGAGACUAUUAAAAUGGCAUUACCUCCUC